AUGCGCAAGAUGAUCGGGCCCCAGUUGCUCCAGAUGGAGAACCUCGACCCCGCCGUCGACGGCGCGUGGGCGGAGAUGAACCGCCAGGGCCUCAUGGACCAGUUCAUCCGGAACCCGCGGGACCAGGACAAGGUGCGAAGAAUCCUGCGGGACCAUUUCCUGGAGUUGUCGGAGCUCUUCAAGUUCUACAGCGCGGGCACGCAGAAUCUGGCGGACGCGCACCAGCUCGAGUUCAGCGAGUUCUGCGCCUUCGCGCGCGACGUCGGCGUCUUCGGCCCGGGCGGCUUCGCGGACCACGCGCUGCUCAACGUGUGCUUCGCCGAGGCCUGCGAGAUCCCGCCGCAGCAGGUCAAGGGCGGCCACAUGGAGCUCUACCAGUUCCUGACGUCGCUCAUCUGGCUCGCGCAGGUCGCGCAGCAGGCGACGGCCGAGGCGUCCAAGGCCAAGAAGGGCGCGCUCGCGCUCAUCGCGGGCGGCGGCCACGAGCGCAAAAAGAGCAUGAUCACGCGGCAAGGCGUCGCGAAGCACGGCUUCAUGUCGACGGCGGAGAUGCUCCGGACCUUCGUCGACACGCGCGUCGCGCUGGCUCUGAAGAAGCAGGCGACGCAACUGAUCGGCAUCGUCACGAAGGAGUGCCUCAACACGGACGCGGUGCUCGCGCGCUUCUACGAGCACCACGACGCACUGUUGGGCGUCUAUAUGACGUACCUGCCCUCGAAGCCGCCGGGCAAGGCCGAGAAGAUGGACCUGCUCGAGGGCUACAUGACCAUGGCCGAAUUCCAGGUCCUCAUCGAGGACUCGACGCUCCUCCGGUCCCAGGGCGACGACGACGAGCUCACGCUCAAGGAGGUGCGCCAGGCCUUCGCGGGCGCCCAGACGGACAUCGACCUCGACUCGGGGGACCUCGCGCCGAAGAAGGCGCCGAAGCGCAAGGACGCGCCGAAGGGCAACCUCAGCUCCGCGCAGCUCAUGUCCUACGCGGAGUUCCUCGAGGCCGUGCUGCGCCUCGCCAUGCUCAAGUGGGAGGCCGACGAGCACGACGCGGACGCCGUCACCGAGAAGUGCGCGACGGCCAUCGACAUGAUCCUCAAGCACAGCCACAACAACAACGAGAAGCGCGCGCGCCGCGGCACGCGCGCGGGCCUCCAGCGCGGCGCGUCGAACUUCAACCGCGGGUAG